AUGCUAAUCCCAAAACCUUUUGCAUUGUUAGAAAUAGUGACCGAGUAUGAACAAAACCAAGGAGAAAGAUAUGACGUCUAUAAAAAUUUAAGACUUGUAGAAUUGUGUCAAGAAAUUGUGACAAAAUAUGAACAAAACCAAGAAACAAAUUAUGAUAUCAAUAAAAACAUUGUUCACAUCUUAGAUUCUAACAAUGGGGUGCCCAAGGAAAAUAUCCCAAACAUGUUUUAUGAUAUUGAUGCUCCAUUUAUUUUAUCAUGUGACGUAUCAGCAUUAUCCGACAGCAUGUUUAAUUCAAGUUAUUUGGAAUUUGAAGAAAACCAAUUUGCGCCAAUCAUGCCUUUACGUUUUAUUCCUUAUGAUGUUAAUCCUGCUAACAGAAGCGAUCAUAAAAAGAAUGAAAAAUUACCAGAAGUUAUAAAGAUAUAUCUUAACAUCACCCAAGACAAAGCUUCUAAAAUAAUCGGUGAAAUAUGGUCUAAUGAAUCACCAGAAGAACGUUUAAAAUUUAAAAAAAAAGCUAAAGAACUAAAACAUGAACAUACUAUGAAAUAUCUACAACAAAAACCUAAAGGAAAAUAG